AUGACCAUCGCAACCCCCCGAUUCUCCCCAAACGACGUAACAGUCGUCUUCUUCCUCGGCGGACCAGGAAGCGGCAAAGGAACCCAAUCGGCGAACCUAGUCCGAUCCUACGGUUUCGUCCACCUCUCCGCCGGCGAUCUCCUCCGCGAAGAACAAGACCGCAGCGGAAGCCAAUACGGCGAGAUGAUCAAAGAAUACAUCCGCGAAGGCAAGAUCGUCCCAAUGGAAGUCACAGUGGCCCUGCUGUCAAACGCAAUGGCCUCGUCACUGUCCACGAACCCCCCACCAGCCGGCACGAAGGCGCGCUUCCUGAUCGACGGGUUCCCGCGCAAACUCGACCAGGCGGUUUUCUUUGAGGAGACUGUUUGCCCUUCUGAGCUUGUUCUGUUCCUCGAUUGUCCUGAGUCUGUUAUGGAGACGCGAUUGCUGAAGCGGGGUGAGACGAGUGGGCGCGCGGAUGAUAAUGCUGAGUCUAUUCGCAAGCGGUUCCGGACUUUUGUUGAGACUUCUAUGCCUGUUGUUGAGGAUUUCCGCCGGAAGGAUAAGGUUGUUACUGUUACUGCUGAUAAGUCUGUUGAGGAGGUUUAUGCGGAGGUUAGAAAGGGUAUUGAGGCUCGUGGUAUCUCUCCCCGUUAA